GACGCACGUGGGUGGCUCUCUGAAGACGUGUGUCUCGAGUUAAUCCCCCUCUCUCUCUCCCUAAUCCUCAAUCCCCUCACUCUCCCUCCACUCCAGUGCGCGUUGAUCCCGUCCGUCGGCGCCUGCGGCGACGGCGACGACUGGUGCAGCCGAGAGCCCACACGUCGGACGCCGGCCCCUGCUCCUCGCCGCGCGCGACCUCCAGCGCCAUGAACGCCGGCGUGCCGCCCAUCGGGAGCAAGGAGUCCACGGCCCUCGCGCAGCCGAAGUCCGUAGGCCCGGAUGGCGGACUCCGGGAGGCAGCCUCAGUUCCUGACGGCCUCGUCGGCGAGCGAGUCGCCGGGCACGACCUCGAGGAAGUGGGAGCCGAGGCAGGGGAUGGAGUGCGGCGAGUACCAGCUCUUCCAGGCCAGUCUGCUGGUUGCAGGUUGAGCUCGAUGCAGGCAGGGGAUGAUGUGCGGCGAGCGCGCUCCGCGAGGCGUUCGUGCAUUGCAUGCAGUCCCUGCCCCGCGCGUCCGGCAUGUCGCUCUUCGACACCUGCUACGACCUCGCCGGGCGGCAGAGCAUGCAGGUGCCCGCGGUGGCGCUGCGGUUCGAGGGCGGCGGGGAGCUGAAGCUGCCGGCGAAGAACUACCUGAUCCCGGGGGACGGGGCCGGGACCUACGGCCUGGCGUUCGCGGGGACGAGCGGGCCCGUGUCCAUCAUCGGCAACGUGCAGCAGCAGGGCGUGUGCGUCAGCUUCGACACAGCCAAGAACACCGUCAGCUUCACCGCCGACAAGUACUAGUGGGCGCGAGCGAGCGAGCUUGGUCUUCGAAGGCGUGUUUGAUUCCACCUGAGUCAGCUCAAACUCGUCCACGACCGCGGCGAGCCGGGCGCGGCCACGGCCAGGGCGGCGAGCCGGCCACGGCCACGGCGUCGAGCUGGGCGCGGCCACGGCCGCCGGGAGCUGGUGGUGGGCACGAUGGGCAGUGGAAGCUCCGGCGCACUCGAGUGUUUGACGAAAUGUCAAGUCCAACAUGAUAGCUGUUAAGUUUUGUUGUUAACGCUGGUACUCAUAUGCAUGUAUGAAAUCAAAUGCCGGGUGAAAAUUGCAUCUCGAUGACAAGACCUUCAAAUGCAGGUAACUAA